AUGUUCGUCGAGGUUGCUUGCUCUGCCGCCAGGCGGAGCGAGCGGGCGAGACGUAUAGGAGGAGCCAUGAAGCGGGUGGAUGAUGAAACGCGGCGUCAAGUUGCUGAGUCCCGGCUACUGGCACUGGAGCGUGACCAGGCCUCGGGGGCAGUGGACACGUACGACGCUGCUGACGACAUUGGAGACCCGAAACACUCCGUUAUUGGGACCAAACGUGAGCGGAGGACACUGGAGAUGAUUCUCAUCGAGGACCGAGCGGAGGCCGAAAAAAAUCCCAAUCCUGUGGACACAUUUGAAAACUGCGAGGUUGAGGAAUCUCGAUACCCUUCAGUGAAGAUCUGCAGCGUAUGCCUCUUUCUAGCCAAAUACCAGUGUGUUAGAUGUGGUACUUUGUAUUGCUCCAAACGUUGUCACGAUAUUCACCAAGAGACCCAAUGUAUCAAGUUUGCUGAGUGA